CGGUCAGCGCGGCGGACGGGGUCGGACGGCGGCCCGGUUCCCAGGCCGCGACCAUGGCCGGCCCCUCCGCCUUCCUCCUCCUCUGGGCCUUCGGGGUCGCGCUGGGCUGCCCGGGCCCGCAGCGGGACCGGGAGCUGGUCCUGGCCAAAGCGCGGACCCUGCUGCUGGACGGGCUGGACGUCACCGUCUCCGCCGCCGGGAAGGACCAGGCCCGGACUCCAACCCGGUCCCGCCGCCAUGAGCCCCAGCGCCGGGAGGGCCCGGGGGAGGAUUGGUCUCAGGUUAUUCUCUUCCCGGCCCCAGGCAUGGACUGCCGCCGGGAGCCGGGGCCCUCCGUCCUCCCGUCCUACGUGUUCCGCCCGUCCGCCCGGACGCGCCGCCUCCGGCCCACGGCGGCCGAGCUCUGGUUCUACACGGGCCCUCCCGCAGCCAACGCCUCGGUCCCCUCGGCAUCCCUGCUGACCCCGUCCCCGGCCGGCGACCCGGAGCCGGUCCUCACGUCCCCGGGCCCGGCCGGCCGGGACUGGGCCGUGCUGCGCCUGGCCGCCCCGUCGCUCUCCCUCCUGAGCCGUCCGGUCCUGGUCCUCCUCCUGCGCUGCCCGGCCUGCCCCUGCCCGUCGGGGCCGGACACGUGGCCCUUCCUCGCGGCCCACACCCGGGCCCGGGGACCCUCCGAGGCCGGGCCGGGGGAGCGGGCCCGGAGGUCCCCUCACCCCCGCGGGCCUCCGGAGCGUCUGCAGCUGCGGCCGGAGGAGCCGGCCGGCCACCCCCGCUGCCGCCGGGCCUCCCUCAACAUCUCCUUCGAGGAGCUGGGCUGGGACCGCUGGAUCGUCCAUCCGGCCAGUUUCCUCUUCCACUACUGCCAGGGCGACUGCGGGGCCGAGCCGGGCCCGGGCCCCGCUCCCCUGCCCCGGCCCCCGGGGGUCCGGGCCUGCUGCGCCGCCCUGCCCGGCACCAUGAGGCCCCUGAGGGUCCGCACCACCUCGGACGGCGGCGACUCCUUCCAGUACGAGACCGUCCCCAACGUGCUGGCCCAACACUGUGCCUGCCUCUAGGACCUUCUUCCCCGCUUGGCGCCGUGUAAGCGCUUCGCGGAUGAGAGACGAAGCAGCGGGGCUCGGUGGAAACCAGUUGCCAACUUCCUUCCCUUCCCAAGCGCUUAGUCCAGUGCUCUGC